CCCCGCCUGUUGUCACCCCAAACAUCUAUUUACACACAACGCACACUUGAAUCUGCUCGCCUGCGCUGCCCUCGGAAAAGUCUGCCAUCAUAACAGUAAACACUGCAGGCAUCAUGGCCACCCCGGCCGACCCAAGCUUCCCAUGUUUGCUGUAAGGCCCUUUUUUUCUUCCUACUUAUGGAUGAUAUUUGCCCCUGCCGCUCUCGUGGCAAAGCCAGGCGCUGAUCUAAACAAAGGACAAUCGAUUUGCCCCUCCCGACUGCUCGAUUGGCAUCAGCGGCACUGCAAGCUCUGCGUGUUGAUAAAGAACUUUCCCCUCUAGUCAGCCGAUCAUUCUCUACUAUCGCUUCGAGCGCCUCGCAUUCCUCUGAAGAGUCUGUGCUGCGCACCGAAUACAAAGCCACGACGAAUAGAAUGUUGAGAGUCGCUGUCAAUGGUUUUAUGGAGAGCUUGAGUGUGGUCCUGGGAGUGAUGGAAGAGCUGGACGUUGAUGUUCUCGAGCCUGGAGUGGUCAAGGAAUGAGGAGAGGCUUGAUAUGCAAUGGUUCAACCAAUCGUUCUUCAACGAUACCUACAAAGGAUGACGAGGUUCUAUGACUUAUGGUGAAGGCUACAAACAGAGCCACCUCCCGAAGCAAUCUUGCUGAAAUCCAAGUGGAUCCCCUCCCAAGCUUCCGAUAUUCAAGUUUGAACGGACAUUCAGAAAAUUCCAUCAACUAUCUCAAUAUCAGAUAAGCACAUUCGGUUUAUUUUUUACAAAGUAUUAUUCGGUCCCUUUGUUCUUCCUCGACGACUUCUUUACAAUCAAUGCAGAAGAACCCCAAAUCGAGUUCCUGAAUAGACCUCAGUGCCUGCCACGGAUAUAUACAUUGCCCGUCCGCUAGAGCGAUAAUUUUCGCAAUACAAUGUGUCUAGUAACACAGCUGCAAUAGUCGACCUUCACACCAUGCAUAGUAACCCUCUCCUCGCAAAUAAUUAGCACCAAAAUAAUUCCAGGUAUAUUAAUCCCCCAAACUCCAAACACCAAACUGGCCCAGUCCCAAAACAUCCUCUAGACAGAUUCCUUUAACCGCUUUUCUGCUUCCUCGGCUCUCUUUUGCGCAUCCGCGAGGUCGUUUUUCAGUUGCUUGAUAUAUUCAAUGGCUUGCUCCACUGUGCUUGCUUUACUAUUCGCACUCUGGGCACCUCCCUUCGCAUUGCUACUAGGUUCAUUGCCUUCUUCAGCCUCUCCACUUCCGCUUUUCUCCCCGGAGCUUUCUUUUGAACCUCGUGGUAAUAAAGUAGCAAUCUCCUGCAGAGCGGAAUUGAUGCGGUUCCGUCUGCCUUGUUCGGCAAUUUUAUGUGAUGUACGCUUCGAGGUUAAAUUUGUUGAUAAUUCCGAAGGGUACGUGACUCCUGGUAAAUGCGUACCCUCGAGGAUGUUCUGAUAAUUCGACUUCGACGCCAACAGAAGAGACGCGGUGUUCUCGGAUAACGUCCCAGAACCCGGCAUUAAGGGUUUAAUACUGGGUGAGAUUCGAGGAAGGAGGGCUGGGGACGCCAGAACUGAGGAACCAGCUCGUUUCUUAAUUGAACGUCCUCCACUCUGCGUUGGUCUCUUUGUGGCACCACCUCCAUUCAUAGAGUCAAUUUGAGGACUUGAACUUGCGGACGUAGUGUUUCUUGGUCUUGCAGUAACCGAAGAGGGUAGUGGUUGAAAUCCAGGAGUUUUAGCACCGUUGGAGUUUAAAGUUGGAGUCAUUUGACCGUCCGAUUGAGUAUUCAAGGGAACAAGUUGUGGUCGAGUGGUAUUGGCGGCUUCUGGUAGGGCAAAGCUAUCCAUGGCCGGGUCAUCGAGAUCCAUAGUAUGGCUGUCUGAGGGUUCAUUUACUUGGGGUGACUGCGUGAGUCUCAUCAAAGACGCAGGAGUAGCCGGUGAGCCCAGGACAAGACGUUUGUUCCUCGGGUCAUCUUUUUGGGCUGGAAUAUAUGGUGACCUCGUAUGCGAUCCGGGGGUAGGAACUGGAGGCGGUGCCAUGUCGGAAAGAUGCUCUGGAGAAAUGGAGCUAUUCUCAGAUUCCUCCGUACUUGGAGCUGAACGAGAACAGCUGAGUUCUUUAGAAGGGAUUGGAAAAUGUGACGGCUCCAGAAUCUCCCCCAGGGCUUGAUUAACAAUAGGCCCCCUUUUUGAUCGUUUUGGCUUCACAAUAGGCGAUUGACGUAUCGCGCGGGUUGCCCGAGCUUUGGGUACCGCUUUCUUGUUUGUUUUCUUUGCCAAGACACCAGAACCGGUUGAGGCAGAAUUUGAUUCCAUAUUCAUAUCAAUCGGGGAGUUAGUGGUAGCAGAUAGUCGUUGGUCAUA